UUUGCAAUCGUAAAUCAUUUGCAGACAAAAUGAUUCAUUAUUGAAUGACAGAAAAGGAUAAAAACGUUUAUUUCAAAGAAAAAAUAGCGGAAUGCCACAUACGCUUGAAUCGUAAUCGAGUCGGAAUCGGAUCUCAGUCGAAUCGAGUCGAACGUGAAUCGUAUGUCGCUUAAGUAAAAUUAGGAGAAUCGCGCCCCAGGCUCUGGGCUGCUUUAUGAGAGUUUCUAAAACCCACAAAGCGAUUUCGACCCGACCCGGGAAUCGAAACUGAGACCUCGUGCACAGCAGCAGCGCUUGUGAGAGUAAGACCAACGUGGUAGUUACUACGUACAUCACACGCGAAUCUAUAGAUUACCCGAUUGCCCUCACCAAUAUUUGUUAUAAAAAACCAAGUAGCGUGACGCCGCCGUGCGUCGGCUGGUACAAUGAUAGGGGUCGCGUGACCCGCACCGCACCACAUCAAAGUAGUUUAAAAGCGCAUGGGAGACGACUACCCAUUAUAUAAUAUACACUUUCAAUUAAGUAGGUACCACAACUUUAUAAAACAGAUAUUAGGUAUAGGUAUGAUUAUAAGUUUACAUAUUAAAUGCUAAGUUCACCAAACUUUAGAAAAGCCUCCAUUGAAGGAUAUUUAUUGUAUCUCCAAACUUUUUCUUAACGAAAGAACAGCCUAGGACAACCCAUUCACCUUAUUUAGUAGGACAAUUCUUACCUACUUUGAUUCAGUUGCUUUAUUACCUAAGUAGUUUAAAACUUUGAACAUUUGAGUUUUUUAUGCCAGAAAUAAAUAAGCACUUAGAUAGAAGUGAAUGAUCGACAUACUCCACUGUUCUCAUAGUGGUACAAUAAGUAACUUGACCCUUGUAGCUACUUGACUUUAUCAACGAUUUGCUUUUCAAAAAAAGCGUGUCAAUAAAACGAACAUCUACAGGGCUACGGCGCCAGCUACAAAAAGGCGAAAUAGAAUAACAUAGCAGACGUUACUAUGUCUUACUGCUUAAGACUGUUGUUGGUUUUGAUAAUAUGUGUAAAACAAGAGGCGGAGUUAGCUAUAGCGUUCCGAAAGUUCGUCUAUCAGAAGGAUAUGUCGGAGUACUGCCGGAGGCGUGUCAUGCCUUCAGUGUUCCUGGGCAGACAAGUUAUCGAAGCCUACUCACAAAUUCUACACUUUUCACGAUUGGAACUGCCUUAUAGUUGCUUCGUUAGUAUUAGGACAGAAUCAGGGAGUAAUAUAAUUUUGGUAAUUCAACUCAUGUCCGACCAGAGCUUGAUUGAUUCUUGUCGCGAAAGUAGUAAUCAGCUGCUGGUGUACGAGUUAGGAGAGACAUUCGGUGGGUACUGGGGGGCGUUGCCGGAUAGUGUGAUGAAGAUGGAACCAACCAGUGACGAAAUUCCGUAUACAUUGAAAACUACUCAAACUACUACAACCAAACCUACUACAAAACGCACUACAAAACGACGGACUUGGUCCACUACCCGGAGUUCUAAGGAUGCGUUGAAGAAAUCUACCAGCCAGCAAGACACCAUAGUCUUUGAGUUUCCCAUACUUAAUGUGUCUGCGACAGUGGUGCCGGGAAGGAUUUCCGUAGAUAGCAAUUUCGAACCCCUGGAAGCUUUUGACGGAGGCGUUGCUGUCAAAACAUGGCCUGGCGUGAGUUACAAGACCAAAAUUCUGCCGCUAGUUCAAUUCUCGUUGGCAGACGUGGUGAACGCUCGGCGCACGACGGAGGACGCAGCCGCUCCUCGGUACGAGGUGGACUUCAAUGCUGACCUGCUGUAUACACCAGAUCCUAGCAUGAAAUUUCCGCUACUGCAGUUACCUGUCAAGAGUAAACCACUUAACCACUAUAAAUACAAUGUUAACAGCAGACUCGAUUUCAAGAAAAACAAGAAUUUGCUACGUGAAAAGGAAGUAAAAAAAUUCUAUGAAACGUAA